AUGGCGGAGUUGAAUCAGGUUAGAGCGACACUUCUGAAGGUUGCUGACCAAAUAUCGGCCUUAGGGAGCAACAAAUCUUCAUCAGGUAAAGUACUAAAGUAAUUAAACUUUUUAUAUAUUCAGUGUUUUAUUUUCCUUAUCCAUUUUGUACAGGCUGGCCCGCUUUAAUAUGUAAAUUCAAGAACAUGAAUUAUUCAUAUACUGUACAAUGUACAUGAUAUGUAUUAUAUAAAUAGUUAAUUAUGAUUUUAAUAUGAUAUGGUGUUGGCGGCUCGUAUUUGACUUUUGAUCAGGUUAGAUUGCAGAAUACCCCUCCAUUUUCUACAUUACACAGUAUUAAAGUUGUUGUAUUGUUGGCACUUGUUGCAAUUUUAGUUGCGAUUUUUUCCUGCACUAUACUGUAGGAAGCAAUUUUGUAUUGGGAGGACUGAUAUAUAUUUAAUAGUCAGGAGCGAUUAUUUAAAUUAGGUCAUUAUUUUUCUCUCAAACUUUACAGUUUAUUGCUAGUUUACAAAUUAUCAUGCAACCCUAAUAAAAAAGUAGCAUUAUAAUGGUCAAUUUAUGAUAAAUUCUUGAUGUAUUCACUUAAAAAUAGAGACAACAAGUAGCAGACCACCUGAGAGUGAAGCAACAACAAGCAGUUCUUCCAGUACUGCCUCCAAUGCUGCAAGUGAGCACAGGCGACUUUUCAACUUUGGGAAAACUCGUCAUUUAGUUACCAAAAGCAAAGGCAAACAAAGUACGAAGGGCAAGGGAAAGCAACCUGCAACAAAGUUUAAAUUUGUUUGUCUUGCGGAUAGCACAACCAACUGCCCUCCUUUAUCUGUGAAAGAAAAAACUGAUCUUUGUAAUGCAGGACUUGGUGAUACUACAAUACUCUUGGAGCUGAAUGAUAGCAGUGUAUAUCUUCAUGAAGAAGUUCUGAAAACCUUUCCCAAACUCAGUGAUACAGGCGGUUAUGAACUGUUAUUGCACCAGAGAGGAGGCGGGGAGAAUGGAGGAUUUCAUACAAUCAAGCCCCCGCUCUGCAGUUUGCGACUGAAGGAUGUCUGUGGCAAAGCAAAAAUAUAUGUAAGGCCUUUGCAAAGAAACAUCCCUCUUGAUUCCUUUGAUGAUGAAAUUCCAGAAGAGGAAAAUGAGGUAUAUGUGUGAUAUAUUAUUUCAUAUAUAUGUUGCUUUUAUAACUACCAUUACAGAGUGACCUACCUGCAUUCACCACUUUUCCUCACAAAACUACCAGAUGGACAAGUUCUGAUUCCCAGAACUAUUUUUUAGAUUUUGUAAGAUUGCCAUGUGAUAACACUGUUUCUGAAUUUAUUGAUUAUGCACUUUUGGUACUUGGUGUAUAGGGGUCAGUUGGUUCCCUCAGAAGGGUCCGGGCUAUCUUGGCUUUACUAUAAGCUCACUAUAAAGGAGGCCCUGAAAAGAACCUUGAAAGCAGGGGCCCAACAGGCUUUACUAUAUAUAAAUAGUGUUUUAUGUAAUGUAUUCAACUACGUAUAUUUACUUAUUUUGUCCCAAUAAAUGAUCGUAAAAAUCAGUGCCAAUUAUAUUUUACACAAAAUAGCAAGCAGGCGCUUGCAACCUGAAAUCUCUCAAGCAGAAAUUCGCCAAUUUCAGUAUUCAAAUGUAGCACAUAACAAUUAUAACAUUUAUUUACUAUUUUUCCUUAUAAAUAGAAAUUCAAUAAGUAUUUUUAAAUUUCUCCAAUAAAGCAUUCUAAAUUAACAAUGGGGAAAUAUGAUCAAACUUUCCUGAAUCCCUACAAAUUCAACAAGCAAAAUUUUAAAUUGUUUUACAAUAGUUUCUUGAUGCAUGUUUUUUAUAUUCCUUAUUGUUACUGUCAUGAACUCUCUUAUGUUAUCUUGCAUUGAACACAGCUCCCCCUGUCCCCCCAUGUUAAAUAUACUGGGGAAAUAUGUUUUGCCCCCUCCCACCCAUGCACCCCUACCCAUGCACCCCCACCCAUGCACCCCCACCCAUGCACCCCCACCCACCCAAAGAAAAAUGUUUUUAGACAUAAAUUACUGAAAAUGUGAUUUUGUAAGGAUGGAAUUUCAAAAUUUUCUGGGGAGGCAUGCCCCAGACCCCAUCUGGGUGGGCUCUUUGGAAACACCUAUCUCCUCCUCCACCAAUAUUUAAGAUCUUCCUACGCCCUUGAUUUAUCAUGCCAGGCAAUUAUUUGACUACCGUAUAGGUAAAUUGGGGUGAGCCUGUUGUUUCAUGCUAUACUUGUGGUGAAGUUGUCCAUAUGGCUAAAAUGAAAGAGCAUCAGAAAACACACCCUAGCAAGGAGUUUGUUUCUCCAGAAGUUAAGGUAUAUAUGUAUUAUGUUUACAAUUACAUAAAUUAUCAUGAAAUUGAAAGUAGUGGUUGAAAUUUUACCAAUAAAAGAUUGAUAUUUUUUUUAAGAAAAAGAAAAUUUCAAAUGCCUUUUCCAGGUUAGUACAAGUAGACUGGUUUACCAGAAUGUUUAUCACAUCAUUGCGCAUUCAUAAUUGUUGCAAUAAUGUUUGGUAUGCGGACAGGGCCGUAGCAAGGGGGGUAUUGGGGGGGGGGGUGGUUAACUCCCCCAAUUUUUUCAGAAUUAACAUAUUCGGAAAAUCGGGUUGGCCAUUCGGAAAAUUACGGAAAUAAUAGCAUGACAAAAUUUUAGUUGUUAAAUUAACAUUUAACAAAUCGUAAAUCGGUAAAUAUUUUUCGAUUUAUUACUUCUCAUGGCCGUAGUAACCGGGGUGGGGGGGGGGCCUGGGGGAAUGCAUUAUUCUUUUUUUCAAAAUCGUGCAGACCUUUAUCAUUUAAAUCAUAUACCUUUAAAAUACUGACAAUUGAUUAAUUUUAAGCGGCUACAUUAUCUGUGACAAACUGCAAAAAAUCAUAUUACCCAUACUUUCCUGCAACUUCUCCAAUAUAUAGUUAAUUAAAUACGCAUUCGCCCAUUUAGUACUACUAAAUUGCAUGAAAACAAUUUGUAAAUUUUGACAUACUAAAACGCUGUUUUCUGACCAUCAGAAUUCUGUCAAAACUUACCCCCAAAAUCCAGGGAAUGACAUUUCAGAGACUCUAAAUUUUAAAAUUUCCACAGGCAUUCCGCCCUCGUUCUCAGCCCCCAAUCACUGCAUGCUACUCAGCUACUGUAAUAUGUCUGUACGCCUUUGUGGCUUCGUAUGCCAUGAAAUAUUUGGAAAUUUUUUUCGUCAUUCGGCAAUUUUCGGCCAACACCCCAACUAUACAUGCUACAAUCUUGGACAAAACCCUUGAGACCAUUCCAGCUAAUAUUACAAAGUUAUUGAACAUUGACAAAACAAACUUUGUCUCCCCCUCCCCCCCCCAGUUCAAUGUUGUGAACAAUGCCGAAACAACUUUUGGUAAUAUACCAUGAUACAAGCUUAACAUUGAGUUGGGGGAGCGGGGGUUUAAGAAUGGCAACAUGAUUCAACAUGGAGUUUAUCAUAAAAAUACGCGAAUUUUCUAUAGGGGGAAAAUAGUCUCAACCAGUUAUGUCCAAGAUUGUAGCUACAGCUCUGUAUGCGGAGUGUCUAGAAGGGGAUAUACUGCAUAGGUCAUUUCUACAUAUUGCUUAAUUUAAAUCUUGAUUUUAUAUAUGUCUUUUUUAUUAGUGAUUCAGAGUCUGAGAUUCCAGAGAUAAAUCAUAAUGGCAAUGGUCAGGAUGGUGAUAUAGAACUAUUAAAUGAAAUAUUCCCCAGUACCAGCACAUCAGAUAUCAAACUUGCAUUGAAUGAGUGCAACAAUGAUGCAAAUGAAGCUGUUAGGCAACUUUUAGGUAAAUUACAUUUAAUUUAAUGUUGAUAACAGUAUUUUCCAAUAUGUACUUGUAAUUUUACAACAUCCCCAUAACAGAAAAUUAGAUCCAAAUUUGUAUCAUGGAUGUAGUGUGUAUCUUCGUUUCAUGUAAAAUUCAUUAACUUAAUAGACAGUCCUAUUGAUGAUACUGGCAAUGGCCGUGAAAUUCUUGAACAAUCAGUAUUAUCAGUGAGUGAUGUCAAUUGUUCAUCUUUGUCUGACUUGUCACCAGAGGAUGCUAUUUUGGAAUACCAGAAGCAAACAAUUAAUGAGGAUCUCCCAAAACAGCGCUUUAAUGUGUGUCGAGUUGAUGGCAUGGGUGAAUUGAAUCGAGACAUAAUCAGUGUCUAUAAGAAACCAGAUUUGAAGUUGCGUGCCAUUCCAAAGGUAAGGUUCGAAGAAGAAGAUGCAGUUGGGAGUGGACCGGUAAGAGAAUUUUUGGUGCUGGCUGUACAAGUCGCUGACGAAGGCAUUCCUUCAACUUCUGGAAAGUCAAAACCACUGCUUUUCUUUGAAGGUCAGCCAGAUCAUAGACUACCAGUACAUGAUCAGUCCCUUCGGUUGACUGGCACGUUUAAAGCAUUAGGAAGAAUCAUAGGUCACAGUAUCUUACACGGGGGUCCAGGUCUUCAUGGACUGUCGCCAGCUGUUAAGCAUGUUUUGUCAUGUGAUGAGGAAUCUGAAGAACCACCAACUUUGGUUCCUGAAGAUAUUCCUGAUAUCGACUUACGGCAGAUGGUAAAUAAUCUUGUGAGUACAUAUAUUCAUUUGAUGCAGGGUCGCACACAGCAUGGGGGGGGGGGGCAACUUCCCCCAGAGCAACUGCCCCCAGAGAAAACUAUAUUUACCAUUUCUAGAAUGUCAUUAUUAACCCAUUGAGCCGCAAUGCGCCCUACUUGUUUUGUUUCUACUUGUCUAACGCCAGACUAUUUUACUUGUCAAUGGGGAAGCUAUGCAGCUUAAUGGGUUAAUCAAUACUUUGGAUAUUUGUGACUUUUUCCGACUCAUAAGCUUUACUGCACCCCCUGGUGAAAAAAAUCCUGCGUACGUCCCUGAUGCGAUGUACAUAUAUUUUAAUUUUCUUAUUAUCCAUUGCACGACUAUUCACCGUCCAAUAUGAUACAGCACUCAAAUUGCGACUAGGCGGAAUUAAAUUUAUCAAUUAUAUUGUGGUCACUAAAACUGUUAAAAAAAACUAACAUUUUUAGUUGAGCGCAACACAAUCUAAUGUAUGUGAGGGACAACAGAAGAUUUCAGAAAGAGAAGAGCUAAUGCCAUAUCUGUUGGAGGCAGGCAUAGAUCCAGAUCGAUUUAUUAACGAGCGCAGAUUGGUCAUUGAAGAGCUGAUGAUGUACCACGUAAUUGACAAGAGAAUAUUACAGAUACUUGACAUAGGCAAGGGUAUGUGUUCAUUAUUUCUGACGAAUAAGACAGUUAACUGAGUUACUGUAGUUUGUAGCAAGUAUAUUUUAAUUUCUUUAGGAAUGAACGAAGUGUCCCUUACUUCAUUUCUCAAGAAAUGCCCCGCAUUAACCAAGAUUGUGUUUCCUGAUGAGCAACAACGACGUAUUGAAGCUCAAGAGGUGAUAGAGUACAUCAUUUAUGAAGGGGAAGAUGACAGCUGUGAAGCAAAUAACGUUGCCGCUGAUUUUUUUCUUCGCUAUAUAAGGGAAAUCAACCAAAGACAAGCAGGUGAGAGGAUAAUAUAUACCCAUUUAAUUCAAAGUUUGAAUGCCGGUUCAAAAUUGCUUGGUUAUAAACGGUAAAAAAUAUACAUUUCCAACUACAAUACGAUCAGCAACUUAAAGUUGUAAAUGAAUGACCAUUCUACUGAUUUAAAAAUUGAAAAUUUUUUUGUUUUGGAAAAAAAUGAAUGACCCUAAGGUCCACGGAUUAUCAUAAUCGCCCCCGAAUUCCUUUGUUCUCAAAGGGAAUAAAUCCCGUAUUUUUACCUUUGUCUUCUAAUAUCCCCCGGGAAAUUUAGUAGAAAACAAUGAUUUAUUGUCUGCUAAUUUCCGUCUUCAAGCAUGCAGGGAAAAAUCAGUAAACAAAGCAAUCUUUUGUCCUUUUACUAAAUUUCCUACUUGUACAUCCAAUAUAUGCGGAUCGUUUAACCUGAAUUCAAUAAAGUGGUUUAAAUAACCUUGAGUGACAGUCACAAAGCAUUUCCCAAAGCAUUUCCCACCAUUAAUACUUGUAAACUUGGAAACAAGUUCACUGAAUCAUACAAAAUCAAACACCUAUAAACUUAGUCAGCAUAGUUUUCACACUUUUCCUCUGCGAUCAUGAUAUUGGAAAACGAUAAGUAAACAUAACUCAUCAGGAAAUUAGCGAUUAAAUAAUUGCACUUCGUCUUGGGAAGAUUUGUAAAAGUCGCAAGUCCUCCCUCAGCGGCGGGCUAUGUAUAAUCGCUACUUUCCCGCAAGUCAUGUUAUUAUUUAUAAUACUAAUUACUUGUGUAAAUUGACGUUAGUCUGAUUGUGAAGCACCGAUGUUACAUUGUAUUUUUUUUAGAUGGAGUUACUUUGGUCGACUUGGUCCAUUUUUGGACAGCUUCCAAUGUGCUUCAACACAGACCCAAAUCUCUUUUGGUGAGGUUUGAUGAUAGCAAGACAAAUCUCUUCCCACUGUCCGAAACAUGUUUCAAGGCUAUAAUCCUGCCAACAAAGCACACAGAAUAUGAGAUGUUUAAAAGAAAUGUGGACAUAGCCCUGAAAUUUGGAGCUACAGGGUUUGUCUUCAACUAACUGUACGUUAUUAGGAUGCACGAGGUGAAAGGUCCAAAUGUUCAAUCCGGUUUAGUUGUUAUUCAAAUUUAAGGAAUAGUUUUGUUAUACUUAUACAUAUGAAAUAGAC